CGCGGCGAGCGGCGGCGGUGCCGGGGAGCCGCGCGGGGCCCGUGCGAGUGCCGGCGCCGGCCAUGGGCGUGUGCAUGCGUGCUGUGCUGCGGGUGCUGGUGCUGCAGGCGGCCUGGGCUCUGGGCGGCGGCCAGCUGCGCUACUCGGUGCCGGAGGAGGCCGAGGGCGGCACGGUGGUGGGUCGCCUGGCGCAGGACCUGGGCCUGGAGGCGGGCGAGCUGGAGGCGCGUCGGCUGCGGCUGGCGGCGAAGGGCCGGCGGGCGAGCGUGGAGGUGAGCGGGGCGAGCGGGGCGCUGGUGGUGAGCUCGCGGCUGGACCGGGAGGAGCUGUGCGGGAAGAGCGCGCCGUGCGCCCUGCGCCUGGAGGUGCUGCUGGAGCGGCCGCUGCGCGUCUUUCACGUGGAGCUGGAGGUCACCGACAUCAACGACAACGCGCCGCUCUUCCCCGCCGCCCGCAAAAACCUCAGUGUCGCGGAAUUAACAACGCUGCCGGGCUCGCGCUUCCCGCUGGAGGGCGCGUCGGACGCAGAUAUCGGAGCCAACGCGCAGCUCUCCUACAAACUCAGCCCGAGCGAGCAUUUCGCUCUGGAUUUACAGAAAAUGAAUGACGGAAAUAUGCUACCCGAACUCGUGUUAACGAAAGCUCUGGACCGGGAGGCGAUGCCUGUGCACCGGCUGCUGCUGACGGCGAGUGACGGGGGCAGACCGUCGCUGUCGGGCACCAUGGAGCUGGUGGUCUCGGUGCUGGAUGUGAACGACAACGCGCCCGAGUUCAACCAGUCGGUCUAUAAAGUGCAGCUGGCAGAGAACGCUGCAGAGGGGACGCUGGUUUUGCGCUUGAGCGCCACGGAUCCUGACGGGGGAACGAACAGCGCGAUGACUUACACAGCCACCCACUUCCUGCCACUCCUUGGGAAAGAUGUCAUUAGCGUGAAUCCAAACACGGGAGAGAUCAGACUGACGGCGCCCCUGGAUUUUGAAGAAGUCAAAGUAUUUGACUUCCGCAUAGAGGCGAGAGACAAGGGUUCGCCUCCGUUGUCGGGACACUGCAGAGUGGAGCUGGAGGUGCUGGACGUGAACGACAACGCGCCGGAGGUGUGGGUGACGUCGCUGUCGGUGCCGGUGCCGGAGGACGCGGCCCUAGGCACGGUGGUGGCGCUGCUGAGCGUGUCGGACCGGGACUCGGGGGCGAACGGGCGCGUGCGGUGCGCGGUGUGGCCGGCGGCGCCGUUCGGGCUGGUGGCGACGUUCGAGGGCUCGUACUCGCUGGUGCUGCGGGAGGCGCUGGACCGCGAGCGGGUGGCGGAGUACGAGGUGGAGGUGCGGGCGGAGGACGGCGGGGCGCCGCCGCUGCGCGCCAGGCGCGGGCUGCGGGUGCCGGUGUCGGACGUGAACGACAACGCGCCGGCGUUCGCGCAGGCCGUGUACACGGUGCUGGCGCGGGAGAACAACGCGGCGGGCGCGGAGCUGGCGCGGCUGUGGGCGCGGGACCCGGACGAGGCGGGCAACGGGCGCGUGAACUACUCGCUGGCGGAGGGCAUGGCCGGGGGGGCGUCGCGCUCGGCGUCGAGCUACGUGUCGGUGGAGGCGGAGAGCGGGCGUCUGUGGGCGCUGCAGCCCUUGGACUACGAGGAGGUGCAGGUGCUGCAGUUCGAGGUGCGCGCGGUGGACGCGGGGGAGCCGGCGCUGUGCGGCAAUGCCACGGUGCAGCUCUUCGUCGUGGACGAGAACGACAACGCGCCGGCGCUGCUGCCGCCGGCGGGCGGCGGCGCGGGGCCCUGGGCGGGCGGCGCGUCGGGGUCGGCGUCGGCGGGGCCGUCGGCGUCGGCGUCGCUAUGGGCGUGGGCGGCGUCGGGGUGGCCGGCGGGGCAGGUGGUGGCGAAGAUCCGCGCGGUGGACGCGGACUCGGGCUACAACGCGUGGCUGCGCUACGAGCUGCGGGAGCCGCGGGGCAAGGGCGCGUUCCGCGUGGGGCUGUACAGCGGCGAGGUGAGCACGGCGCGGGCGCUGGAGGAGGCGGACGGCCCGGGGCAGACGCUGCUCAUCGUGGUGCGGGACCACGGCGAGCCGGCGCGCUCGGCCACGGCCACGCUGAGCGUGUCGCUGGGCGAGGGCGGCGAGGCGGCGCUGGCGGCGGCGGGCUCGCCGUCGCCGGGGCUGCGGCCGGCGGCGGGCGCCGAGGGCGGCGGCGGUGGGGCGGCGGCGGCGGCGACGAACGUGUGGCUGGUGGUGGCCAUCUGCGCGGUGUCGAGCCUCUUCCUGCUGGCGCUGGUGCUGUACGGGGCGUGGCGGUGGGCGCCGCGGGCGGCCGUGCUCUCGGGGCCCGGGCCGGCGACGCGGGUGUGCGCCAGCGAAGUGGGCAGCUGGUCGUACUCGCAGCGGCAGAGCCGGAGCCUGUGCGUGGCGGACGGCGCGGGCAAGAGCGACCUCAUGGUUUUCAGCCCCAACUUCCCGCCGCCCGCCGGCGGCGCGGCGAAGGAGACGCCGCAGGAUCUGCCCGCUCUGCUGGACACGGUCAGUGGCACUUUCUUUUCUCCUCCCCUCCCACCCUUCCGCCUGCCCUGACGCUCCUUGCCCGCUUUUGCCUCUGCCUUUCGGCCGGUACUUGGCAGCCUUUUGGUCUGAGCCUCUUGGCACUGCGAUGCCCGCUGUG